CCAGCUUAAUUGAUUUCCUUAGUCAGCCCGCGACGCGUUUUGGGAGAUCGCGUCGCUCGCGACUUUCCCCACGACCACUUUCCGCCUGUCCCUCUAUCUACCUAGAUUUCACCUCACGCACUGCUGUUCUCUCCCAGCUCCAUACCAACUCCCAACACCGAUCAUAACAGUAUAUUCUACUCGUAUCAGCAACCAUGCUUGAGGCACGCUUAGAACAAGCUCAGCUUCUGAAAAAUGUGGUGGAUGCUAUCAAGGAUCUGGUCCAAGACUGCAACUUCGAUUGCAAUGACUCCGGCUUUGCCCUCCAGGCCAUGGACAACUCCCACGUUGCGCUCGUGUCUAUGAUGCUGAAGUCGGACGCCUUCUCCCCCUACCGAUGCGACCGCAACAUCGCUCUUGGCAUCAAUCUCGGCUCGCUCACAAAGGUCCUCCGCGCUGCGGGCAAGGAUGACCUCCUCACAAUAAAGGCCGAAGAUGCACCUGAUGUCGUCAACCUGGUGUUCGAGAGCAAGGAUGUGGACAGGAUCAGCGAGUACGACAUCAAGCUCAUGGAUAUUGAUCAGGAGCAUCUGGGAAUCCCCGAGACUGAAUAUGCUGCGACUAUUUCUCUCCCAUCUGCCGAGUUCCAGCGCAUCUGCAGAGAUCUCAGCGCCCUGUCAGAGUCUGUCUCCAUUGAGUGCACAAAGGAGGGUGUCAGCUUCAAGGCAUCGGGAGACAUUGGUUCGGGCUCCAUUCAGCUCAGGUCCAAUACGGACGUCGAAAAGAACGAGAACAGCGUCGAGAUUGACAUGUCUGAGCCGGUCGCUCUCACGUUCUCCCUCAAGUAUCUCGUCAACUUCUGCAAAGCAAGUGGCUUGUCAUCCCAAGUCAAGCUGUGCUUGUCGAAUGAGGUCCCACUUCUCGUCGAGUACGGCCUCCAGAGUGGAAGUUAUUUGAGGUUCUACCUCGCACCAAAGAUUGGCGACGAGGAAUAAUUGCAGCGCGGACGCGUACGAAAUUAAUUACAUGUCUUCAGGAUACAAUGGGAGAUCAUCAUAGCGUUAUAUGUUUGUGACGGAAAGUGUUAUUCGGGUCGGAACUGGCAUGGUAGAAUAUCAGUGUGGUGUGUUUCGUGGAGUGGGUUCCAGACCGUCGGUACGCGGGAGGUGCCCCGCCGACGUCAGCGCGUCGGGUCGAGCAGAUAACGAAAAA